CGCAACCUGCCUCCCGCCCUGCCCUGCCCUGCCCUGCCCCUGCUGCUCCGCUAUAAAGCAGCCGCUCGCCUGACAUCGUCCCCUCCCACCACAAGCCACCGCCACCGCCACCGAGAAGAGAAGACUUCACCACCAAGAAGCUAGCGCGCGCGCCAUGUCUGCCUCCAUCACCACUUCCUCUCUCCCUCUCGGUGCCGCCGCCGUCGGUCUCGGUCUCCAGGCCUUUGAGGCCGCCAUGGACGAGGCACGGGUCAAGCUCACCUGCGCCGCCGCCGUCGUCCUCCACGGCGACAAGCCGCUGGUGGACCAGGUGACCAUCACGCUCGCCGACGCGCGAGAGCUCCUCGCCACCAUGGCCAAAGGCCUCUGCCUCAACCUUACCGAAACCCUCGUUUUCAAGGAGCUCGCUCGCGUCGCCGUCGCGUUCGCCGGCCUGGAGUCCCAGUGCCAGGACAACUGCGCCAACGCCCACGGCCUCCUCGGGGCCAUGGAGGGGCUACGCCACGUCGCCAAGUUCUUCCUCGGCGUUGAGGCCGCCGCCGAGCUCCGCCCCACCCCAGCAAUGCCCGCCGACGCCGAGCCCCUCUCCACCCAGGAAGCCAAGGCGACCUUCCUCUGGGACCUCGCCAAAGAAUUCGCUGCGCUCGUCACCGACAUCAAGUGGAGGUACGCCGCGCGCGCUGUUCCCGCCGUCAACGAGUCUGGCGUCGACAAGCGCCGGUAUGUCUCGGUGGACGCCGACGAGGACCUUGUCAGCCACCUCACCGGUACCUGCGCAGACGCGCUGGCACUUCUGGGCCAGAUGGUCCACAAGGUCGCCGGCGGUGGCUUCCCCUUCACCGACGUCGCCUUCCAGGAGGUGGUCUCAAUUGGCAAGUCCUUCGUCAAGCUGCAAGUUGAGUGCGCCCACGGCUCUGUUACCUCCGACGCUGUGAUCGACGCGAUGCAAGCGCUCAAGAAGAUGGCAGUCGUCUUCGCAGGGACUGGGGUGGCGUCGGCGCUCCGGCCUGACAGCCCUUGGUCCAGCCAGGGCCUCAACGACGGUCAGAACAAGGUCGCGUACAUGUGGGAUUUGUCCGCCGCCUUCAGCGUGCUCUUCUAUGACGUUAAGUUCCGCUGUGUUGACCCCAAGUCCCUCAAGUAGUCCUUCAUUAUCGUAUCGAUUGUCUGUCUACAGAUUAUGCUGCAACUCCUACUGUUGAGUGCUGCUUAUUCGACACUUGUUUUCUGAAGCAUGCUAUAUAUGCUCCGUCAGACUAUAUCUAUCUAUCUAUCCCUAUUUAUGUGUU